CUGGUGUGGCCCCCUGGGAAACCCCUCCGAUACUGGAUUUCUUUCAUGGCUGAGCGUAGCGAGCGAAGCGCUUCCAACCGUGUGGUCAUUGGUACCACUGUGCUGCAAAUCUUUGAAGGGCUGGUCCAAUAUCGCCUCUGGGUGGCCCUGUUGUGCCUAGCUGGGACGUGUUUCUCUCCGCAAGUGGAAGUGAAACUGCUGCCUGAGCAGAGUGGAGUUCAGCUGUUGCAGCCAGACACCUUUGAGCCGUUGACGCGCGCCAGCGUCCUGGCGCACCUGCGGGCCACAGGCGGCGCUGCCGUGCUGCGGCGCGACCAGGUGGCCCAGGUGGCCCAGGUGGCCGAUGGCCAGACUUCGGAGAGAGCGCCUCAAAGAUGGGCUCUGGCAAAGUUGCUUCUGGCGAGCCUCGUAGUGCUGGCGUUAGUGGCUUAUGCCUCUGUGGGCCCCCUUUGUGGACAGCAAGCUGAAAGCGAAUCGCACGGCCUGUCGGCUCGAGAAUGGCCAGUUGGGGACAGUUUCCUGGACAAGGAGCUGUCGGAGUCCAAGGUGAAUCUGGUGGCUGCGGAGCAGGACCACAGACUGAUUUGUACUUUGCGAGCUUGUGCGGAUCCCAUCCCUACCAUCAAACUUGGUGAGUCCUCCAUGGAAGUCCAAACUGCCAAACUGAGUCAAAGUUUGUAUAGGCCUUCGACUUGGAGCGAGUCCGAAAUCAAGGCAUUUCAUCAGGACAUCGGGGGCGACGCGUCCCAGAUCACAGGUUGCAUCUUGUUGCACCAGCGGCAAGGCCUUCAAAGCCGAGCUGCAAUCGUCAAGUACAUCUCUCACGUCGCGGCGCUACAAGCGUUGCAGCUGUGCAAAGGUAGCUCCGUGAACAUGGAGGUCCGCUUCGCUGAAAGAAACGAGAAGGGUGCGGGUGGAAAGGGCAAGUGGCAAGGCCACAACAAGGACGGAGCCGUCCCUGUGUACAUCGGCUUAAGGGUUCGCAACCAUGCCAAUGGCCACUGCGGGGAAGUUGUGGCCUGCCGGGGGCGCACGCCUGGCACCUUCCGCGUGCUCUCUGACAAUGGUCAGGAGUGGGAGUGGGAGGUCAAGAGGUUCGUGACGGAGGAUGGUUGGCCGCUGCAGGACGUCCAGCAGAUACCAGCCACGAUCGGCAUGCGAAUACGUUGCUGGAUGGACAAUCGCACGGGUCGGAUUGCCUACAUUCACAACGAUUGGCCCCAGCGCAUCUGGGUGGAAUUUGAUGAUGGUGAGGAGAAUGAGAAGGAUGUCACGUGGUUCGUGUGUGAGCAAGGUGGCACCCCCGUGGGUCCAGGAUUGACAGAGAAGGAAUGGAGGCAUGCCAAAAGUGGCAAGAGCAGUCCUCCCCCCGCCCCGCGCAGCGACUACAACCCAAGAUGGGACUACAACCAGCAAUGGUCGAAUUCCAAAGGUCGCCAGGAUUGGUCCUUUCCCUCCAAAGGCAGGCCGCAGGACAUGCGACCGCCGGUGAGAAGCAAACCGGAUCGCUGGGAAUGGGAGGACCGAAAAGGGCGCUCAGCCCCCUGGAGCGACAAGGAAAGGGGCAAAGGUCCCGACGUGUCCGGAGGUUCCGACCUCGAAGAUGCCGCGUUGAGGGAGGUCGUCGACCAGCUGCUGGACGAAAGCAACCAUGGUCGCGUCUGGAUCACAAAUUGGCCCGGACGCUACCAAUCGAAGUUGGGCCAGCUGCGGGAGUUUUUGGAACAGCAUCCUGACAAGUUCACUGUCAUCCCACAGGGUGGCCGGAGGUACACGGUGGCCUUUGCGGAUCGCAACGCCGCGGCCAAGUCCAAGGCCGCAAAGGAAAAGGGCGGAAAGGGCAAAGCGGCCCCCAAAAAACUGGAAUGGAAGCGCACCGAAAAACAAGAUGGCGACGGAGACACGGCCGGAGGCACGGCGUCCGAGAAGCCAUCCAGGUCGGUUCGCCGCAGCGAUGAGGAGGACCCGGAUGCCACCGCUUUUGAUGCCGAAGGCGCCGAAGGCGAGGCCGGCGAGGCCCUUGACGCUGCCGACGGCGCCGAGGGCAUGGAAGGGGAAGGCGCCGCGGAAGGCGCUGGCGACGAAGAGGAAAAGGAGAAGGUGGACGCAUGA